UAUAAAACUGAACUCUCUUAGUCAAAUAAACCCAACACAAAGAAAAAGAAGUCUCUCUCUAAAAUCUUCGUUUCGCCGGAGCCGGAGAGAAGAUAUGAGAUGAUGAGGUGUAGUAACUAAUUACACUGCUCGAUUUCGUCGGAAAAUACAGACGAGGUAGAACUCAUCUCGAUCACUCAUUUCCUUCUCGCUCUCUAUCUCUCUCUGGUGCGUUGUUGUUUCGUUCAUCGAUUUUACGAUCUUGUCUGAGUUCGUCGCUCUCGAUUUCAACCAAACGCUUUUGUUUGUUCCCUGAGAAAAAAAUGAAAUCUUUAUGCUUUUCGAAACUCCAUGCUCUGAUUUUGCUUUGAUUUUAGUUGGAAAAAUCGCAUCUUGAAGCUCAUGGAGAGAGAGAGAUCAUCACCAGCGAGGAAUAUGUCUAGUAGUUCUCAGAAGCGAUCUGUUGUCUUUGCCACUCGAGAUUUCCCAUCGGGCUGUGGAACUCACAUUGAUCCUUGUAAGAUUCCAAGACUUGGUGAUGAUGAUGAUGUUUCUGACAAUCAUCCAAGGGUUGCAGCUCCCGAAUCAAAACAACAACCAGCUGGUCAUCAUGUUGCAGCUUCUAGUUCAUCUCACAGACGAGAGAUGGAGACUAGAAGAUCAUCUGAUUCUGAUCCUACUCCUCGUGAGAGAGUGCUUGAGGUAUUGAGCCUCUUCCAAAAAGUGUACAGACAGUUGGAUCAAGACAAAAAGGCCAGGCGCGGUGGUGAUCAGUUGGAUGCAACAAGCAGAAUCGACAUCAAGACGCUCAAUGUCCUGGAGAAUAUGGGGAAGCAAUUAAACACUGAGAAAAGAAUCGGAUCAGUUCCAGGAAUCAACGUCGGGGAUGAGUUUCAGUACAAAACCGAGCUCCGUGUCGUAGGGCUCCACUCUAAGACCAUGCAUGGGAUCGAUUACUUGAAAAUAGGAGAUCUUAGGCUCGCCACAAGCAUCGUAGCCUCAGAAGGGUACGGCUACAUCGAUACGUUCAACUCUGGUGUGAUGUUUUACACAGGUGAAGGAGGUAACGUAAUGAGCAAGGAAAAGAAGACUGAAAAUCAGAAACUGACCAAAGGGAACUUGGCGUUGGCUAACAGUAUGAGCCAUAAAACUGAAGUGAGAGUUAUCCGUGGAGAAGAGAGGUGGGAUCGUAAAGGGAAGCGAUACGUGUACGAUGGUUUGUAUUUGGUUGAACAGUAUGGCGAAGAGAGAGAGGCUAGAGGUAAGCUUGUCUAUAAGUUCAAGCUUUGUAGGAUUCCUGGUCAACCUCCAUUGACUUGACUUGAUAUAUUUGCAUGGUCAAUGAAAUAAUAAAGAGAAUGAGUUAGAAAAUGGAAAUUUACAUUUCUUAACAGACAACUUAUACCCGUUUUGGAAGUUUUUUACUUACAAGAAAAAAAUCAUACAUAUA